AUGCCGCGCAUUCAAACUCACGACUACAGCCACCCUUCAUAUCACCCUGCUUCAAAUUCCACAGCAAUACCAUCAUCUCUGCGCUCAGGUUUCAGCUCAGCUUCCCGAUCCGUGUCCGUGGUAGUAAGGAAUCGACCUGCGGCAACCGAUAACGUAUCAGCGAGCAGCGUGGAGACACCGGGGGGAGCAGACAUACGCGGAAACGAUCCACAAGAAUCAGGAGAUAUCAUAGGCAGCGACCUUUAUUAUGCGCCGAUGCCAAUGGGCGUAGCUCAACCCAGCGAAAGAAAUGAUACGUCGGCGCUGAUGUCGGGAUCAACUAACAGAGGCACUAAGCGCGGCCACAGCGGGGAUGAUGAACUUGAUGGCGACAAUUCACGACAACACAGGCGCCUUACGACCAAGGAAGAAGUAGCGCUCUUUGAUAUUUGCAACCAAAACGCAGACACAUUUGGUAGUCGCAGUAAUCUGUGCAAGUGGUGGAUAUCCAUCGCCGCUGAGUUCAAACGCACCCAUGACGGCCGCUCAUACUCAUGGCACUCGGUGCGGCGCAAAGUCGAAAUGGUCACGAGACAGCGCAUCAAGUUUCUGGAAGAUCAACGACAGCGGGGUUCAAACGCACCCGGCUCUACCGCCGAGGAACUGAUGAACCCUCAAUGGCUUGCCGCUGUCGAUGCCUGGAUCCCAACAUGGCAGCGGUGGGAAGAGGCGGAGAACCGACGAAUUGCAAAACGAGAUGAACUUAAGAAACGCAGACAGCCACAGCCUUGGCGCCAGAACCCAAAGAACGGCGACCAGGAUCCAUGGCGGAACCUGCCUAGGUCGUCUGUCACCAGUCCGACGGAUGCCGGGACAGCAAUGAUGGGCGUUCUCCACCAACCUGGCGCGAGCUCCGUCGUUGAUGCCACUGUCACAGCUAGCCCGACACCCUCGCCCUCGGUCACCGGCCCUGGAACACAUGUGCAUUUCCUUGAACCACCAUCCACCCCCAUCUCUACCCCCACAUCGAUGAAACUACCGCCGGGUUUUGAAAAUAUGUUCUCCAUUCCACAAGUUCCCCCACAAGCCACACCUGUUACCACCGUAUCCGCACCACCAGUCUCCCAAUCCGACGGCCGUAUGGUUUCGGCCGUUCUCGAAACCCUGGGCAAGCUCAACAAACACCUCGAUGCCGCAUCUGGGGGUGAUGCUGAUACCAGUACCACCUCGCCUGUGAUUUCGGCUUUAGUUCAGGCGGCUUCGGAAUCAUCCACUCUGGCUUCUCCCGGGCAAUCAAAACAUCCGUCGCAGCCACCGUCACCUCAGAGUCCUACUGCCGCUCAAAUCGAGCAAAUGAAGGAAGAGCUUCGCAACGAGAUGCAAGCCCAAUUCCGCCGUGAAUUGGAACGGGAACGUACCGCAAUGGAAGAGAAGCUGGAUGCUUUACAGCGGACCCAGGACCUGAUUCUGGAAAUGUUGAGACAGGAACCUGCUUGA